CAGAACCACCAAAAGUUCGUAUGGCAAAUCUGUGUGUUGUGGGUGGUCAUGCAGUGAAUGGGGUUGCAGAGAUACAUAGUGAAAUUGUAAAAGAUGAAGUUUUCAAUGCGUUUUAUAAGUUUGUAGAGAAUGAGGAUCUACAACUGCAGUGGAGGGAAGCAAAGAGGAGUAACAAAGUUAAAGUUGCGGUUGCGGCAUUUAUCAGAGAAAAAACAGGGUAUUUUGUCAGUCCUGAUGCAAUGUUUGACAUCCAGGUUAUUUUUGUCCCUGAUUACAAUGUCAGUGUUGCUGAGAUGCUUAUUCCGGCUAGUGAAUUGUCGCAACAUAUCAGUACUGCUGGAAUGGAACUUUAGACGGGGCCAACGUUGAAAUUAGGGAAGAGGUUGGUGCAGAUAACUUCUUCCUCUUUGGUGCCGAGGCUCAUGAAAUUGCUGGGCUGAGGAAAGAAAGAGCAGAGGGAAAGGUUUGUCUUAAGACCCUUGUUGUACAUUUUAAUUACUGUAUAACAUAGUUAAUACCAUGCUGUUUGGACCAUACCCACAUACAACAAGUAUUCUACUGUAUGUUAGUUUCAAAUGCUAAUAAUUUGCUUAAAGAAUUUCAUAAUAAGGUUACAAGAAUUUUGAACAAAGAUAGUUGUAUGAGGAAAUGUCGGUCUUGGGUUUCUUAAAAACUUAGAUGAUUGAAUGUUAACCUGUUAUGUUUUAUUCAAUUCAGUUCGUCGCCGAUCCACGAUUUGAAGAGAUCAAAGAAUUUGUCAGAAGUAGUGUUUUUGGAUCUUACAACUAUGACGAAUUGAUUGGGUCCUUAGAGGGAAAUGAAGGUUUUGGUCGAGCAGAUUAUUUCCUUAUUUCCUUGUGGGCAACGACUUCCCCAGCUACAUAGAAUACCAAGAGAAGGUUGAUGAAGCAUACAGAGACCAAAAACUGAGUUUGAAUAGACUUUCUUCGUAUUUGCUAUUAAAUGU